AUGGCAACUUCCACAGAGUCACCCACGCCGGCGUACCAGCCUAGGUACAUUGAUAUUGGCAUCAAUUUAGCCGAUCCCAUUUUUCGAGGUCUGCAUCACGGCAAGCAGCGUCAUCCCGAUGACCUAGACGGUGUCAUCUCAAGAGCAAAGGAGGUUGGGUGCUCCAAGCUGAUCGUCACUGGCUCCGACUUCACUAGCUCUAGAGACGCCUUGGACAUUGCGAAGCAGUAUCCCGGCGUCGUUUACACAACGAUUGGAAUCCACCCAUGUAGCAGUGCCAUAUUCAGCAGUUCUGACGAAGCCGCCGAGGGCGUGCACACUGACCCGGACCCAUCCAAACCCAUCCCGGACCACCAUGAGCCGGAUCCCACCAAGACGGAGGCCAUCAUCGCCGAGCUCCGUGACCUCAUCAAAGACUCUAUCGCCUCCAAGUCCGGCCUCGUCGCCUUUGGCGAGUUCGGCCUCGACUAUGACCGUCUGCACUACUGCUCUAAGAGCAUCCAGCUCCACUCUUUUGCUGUACAGCUUGAUCUCGUUCUUGAGACGAAGCCGCAACUGCCUCUAUUCCUGCACUCGAGAGCUGCCCAUGAGGACUUCGUCCGUCUGCUCAAAGAGAAGUUCGGCGAAAAGCUAGAGAAGCUCGAGAAGGGCGGCGUCGUCCACAGCUUCACUGGCACCCUCGAGGAGGCUAGGGAGCUGAUGGACCUCGGCCUGUACAUUGGCAUCAACGGCUGUAGCUUCAAGACCGAAGAGAACUGCGAGGUCGUCAAGCAGAUCGGGCUCGACAGGAUGAUGAUCGAGACCGACGGCCCGUGGUGCGAAAUUCGGCCGAGCCAUUUUGGUUACAAAUACCUGAUUGAAAAGAAGCCCGAGACCAACGGUACCGCGGACGGGGCUGCAACGCCGGGACUCGCUCAGGGGCCUCAGGGCAAGAGGAAGAACCAAAAGAAGGAGCCCGAAGUUCCCGAACGUUUCAAGGUCGUCAAGAAGGAGAAGUGGGAGGAGGGCGCCAUGAUCAAGGGCCGGAACGAGCCUUGCAUGAUUGAGCGUGUCGCCAAGGCUGUAGCGGGCAUUAAGGGAGUAGAAGUGGAGGACAUAUGCGAGGCAGCUUGGAAGAACACUGUCAAGGUAUUCGAUGUAGACCAAUAG